ACAAUUUUCUAUACGCACAUGUUCUUUUUUUCUCAUCGAUGGUCACGUUGUGGCUGUGGCAUGUUCCUCUGAAGCGGGAAAGUUAACCGAGUAGAAGCGAAAAUAGGUUAGAGCCUCGUGUCCCUCGCUCUCUUUCUGUCUCUCUCACCUAACCCCUUCAAGAUUCAUUUUCGGCUCUUACCUUCAUUCCUAUUUUCUUCAAUAUUUAAGCAGCAACACCUUCCGCUUACGUUUCAAGCUUUUAGGGUUAGGGUUUUCCUCCGAUUUUCCCCAACUGUCUCUGAAUAAUUGAAAUAUAUCGAAGGGGUUUGUGCACUGUGUUGUAAGUGAAUUAAGCAUUGAUGUAUUGGGAGUUAUGAAAUUGCCUUUAGCAUGUAGUGGUGGUAACGAUCUGGUUGUUAUUGAUGAACCUGAAUUCUUGUGUUGGAAAAAUGCCAUCUAAUUACUUUUCAAGGCUCGGAACUCUGAUUCAGAGAUCAAUUGUGGGGAAAGAAGGAAGAAUCCAGGGCUCUGAAGUUCUGAUUGGACAAGGGAAGUUGUGGUUUGGUGGUUCUCUGCAAUUUUUUCACUCUUUAAAUAGCUCAUCGUGUGUGCACCUGCGCCGCAGCAUUGUUUUAGCUUCUAGCUUUGAAUUAGAUGGUAAAAGAAGAACUUUGUCUGUAGUUGAUACGCUAUCUCGAACAUUUUCCAUUCCCUCUGUAUCAGGGCCUUCGUUUCAGGUCUGUGGAUACCACAUUGAUUGUGCUCUUUCGGGACCUGAUCGGUUUCCAACUGGUGCGAAAUUUCAGGCUAAAACAAUGGCUUCUCACUUAUCCAGAGUUGUGGUUGGUGAAUGCUAUUUAGAUAACUCAGCUUUGAAGCGUAGUCACCGUUCGCUGUCAACAAUGAAUAGCAGUAAUAUCUGCUUGAGCACGAGUUUGGGGAAUGGUAGAAAAGUGAGCAUGAGUUUGGAAAACCAUCGGCAGCCAGAUAAUAGUGCAAUUUUUGGCUAUUUCAUUUAUAAUGUUGCAAAGGCUUGGCAUAGCUCUUACCAUUAUGCACAGUCAGGGUCUGGAGGUUUCCAUAGUUCGUCAACAUCAUGUAACUCUGUUGGGCCUGCUCAUGAUGUGCCUUUUGACACUUCUUCCCGUGAGGAGCAGCUAAAAAAUUCUUCAAAUUCAUCUGAACAGAAAACUCCUUCAGGCAAAAUCCUCAAGUUAGUAUCAGGAUCAUGCUACUUGCCCCAUCCUGAAAAAGAAGAAACUGGUGGAGAAGAUGCUCAUUUUAUAUGUUCUGAGGAACAAGCAAUAGGGGUGGCAGAUGGUGUUGGUGGCUGGGCAGAUCUUGGUGUUAAUUCUGGAUAUUACUCUCGUGAGCUCAUGUCCAAUUCAGUGGAUGCUAUUCAGGAGGAGCCCAAAGGUUCAAUUGACCCAGCUAGGGUGUUGGAAAAAGCACACUCAAGUACAAAAGCUAAGGGUUCCUCUACAGCAUGCAUCAUUGCACUUACUGAUCAGGGGCUUAAUGCUAUUAAUUUGGGAGACAGUGGGUUUAUGGUGGUCCGUGAUGGGUGUACCAUAUUCCGGUCCCCAGUGCAGCAACAUGAUUUCAAUUUCACCUAUCAGCUGGAAUGUGGUACUAACGGUGAUUUACCUAGUUCUGGUCAGGUUUUUACAAUUCCAAUUGCUCCCGGAGAUGUCAUAGUUGCUGGUACUGAUGGGCUGUUUGAUAACUUAUACAAUAAUGAGAUUACAGCGGUGGUGGUUCAUGCCAUGAGAGCCGGCUUAAGCCCUCAGGUGACAGCUCAGAAGAUAGCUGCGUUGGCACGACAACGGGCACUCGAUAAAGACAGACAGACCCCUUUCUCAACUGCUGCUCAGGAUGCUGGAUUCCGUUACUAUGGUGGCAAGCUUGAUGAUACUACUGUUGUUGUUUCAUAUAUUACCAAAUCUGAAGAUGCUUAAAUUCAUUUUCUGUGCCUCCUGUAUAUAUUCAUUUUGUCCUGGUGAUGACGACAUGUUGUGAUUGUAACUCAAAAAGUUUAUUAAUCACAUUCUAUUGAGUCAGCU